CGCCGCGUCCCUCGGCGCCGUGCAUGGCGAGAGAGCAGGCUCCUCCGGGGAAGCUGUCUGCGCACCCCUGGCUGCUCAGCACCGCUGGGGUCUAAUUAGAACCUGAUUGGCUCUGUCUUCAAAUUUCCCCUUCUCACCCCUGCAGUCUCUGUGACAGAUAUACGAUGUUCCACCACUGCUGUGUCUGACCUCCUGUGGAUACCAGCAGCAGGCAAAUGCUCUGAGCAGAACUGAAACAAGCAAUGGCCUGUCUUACAAUGACAAACGCAGAAGGUACAGCAGCUUCUACUGUCCACCAGAAUGGUGACUUCCAAGGGAAUGCCAAUGCACCUAUGCAGAUGGAAUCAUCGCUUCAAGUGUACCUUUAUCAUUGUCCUGGGAAGACAGGAGGUGAUUACCUUCCAUUUCCACCUGGAGAAUAUGUUGCUGAGGAGAUUUGUGCUGUUUGCUGUAAAGCCUGUGGUAUCAUGCCAGUGUAUCAUAACAUGUUUGCACUCAUGAGCGAAGCAGAGAGAAUGUGGUAUCCCCCAAAUCACAUCUUCCAUGUAGAUGAAGCAACCAGGCUUGUCCUAAUUUACCGGAUAAGGUUUUAUUUUCCCCACUGGUAUUGCAAUGGCACCAACAGAGCGUAUCGAUAUGGCCUUCUCCGUGGUGCAGAGAGCCCUGUUCUUGAUGAUCUUGUCAUGUCUUACCUAUUUGCACAGUGGCGAGCUGAUUUUUUGGAUGGGUGGAUACAGAUGCCUGUUACUCAUGAAACUCAAGAAGAAUGCCUUGGAAUGGCUGUUCUGGAUAUGAUGAGAGUGGCCAAAGAACAGGACCAAACACCACUGGCUAUUUACAAUUCGAUCAGCUACAAAAUGUUUUUGCCUAAGUGUGUGCGAGCAAAAAUCCAAGACUACCACAUUUUGACGCGAAAAAGAAUAAGAUACAGGUUCCGCAAAUUCAUACAACAGUUUGGCCAAUGCAAAGCUACUGCCAGAAACCUGAAACUUAAGUAUCUUAUAAAUCUGGAAACCCUUCAGUCUGCCUUCUAUUCAGAGGUUUUUGAAGUUAAAGAGCCUGGUGGAGAUCCUUCUGGAGAGGAAAGUUUUGCAACCAUUGUAAUAACUGGAAAUGGUGGAAUUCAGUGCUCAAGAGGAAAACUUAAAGAUUGUGAGACGCUUGCAGAGCAGGAUUUGCAAACAUACUGUGAUUUUCCUGAUAUCAUCGAUGUCAGCAUUAAACAAGCAAGCCAAGAAGGCUCCAGUGAGAGAAGAAUCGUCACUAUUCACAAACAAGACAGCAAGAAUCUGGAGGCUGAAUUUCAGUCAUUAAGAGAAGCUCUCUCCUUUGUAUCGUUAAUUGAUGGAUAUUACAGAUUAACUGCGGAUGCUCACCACUAUCUCUGUAAAGAAGUAGCACCACCUUCGGUCCUUGAAAACAUUCAAAGCAACUGCCACGGACCAAUUUUCAUGGACUUUGCUAUCAAUAAGCUGAAGAAAGCAGGUAAUCAGACUGGCUUCUACGUUCUUCGUUGCAGUCCUAAAGACUUUAAAAAAUACUUCCUCACCUUUGCCAUAGAGCGUGAGAAUACCACAGAUUAUAAGCACUGCUUAAUUACGAAAAAUGAGAAUGGAGAAUAUAAUCUCAGUGGAACCAAGAGAAGUUUUGCAAAUCUCAAGGAUCUGUUGACCUGUUACCAGACAGAAACUGUCCGUUCAGACAGCAUCAUUUUCCAGUUCACCAAAUGCUGUCCUCCGAAGCCAAAGGAUAAAUCAAAUCUCCUGGUCUCCAGAAGCAAUAGCGUUUCUGAUGUACCUUCGUCGCCCACGCUGCAGAGGCACAAUAAUGUCAACCAGAUGGUCUUUCACAAAAUCCGGAAUGAGGACUUGAUAUUCGAGGAGAGCCUUGGACAGGGAACAUUUACUAAGAUUUUCAAAGGUAUAAGGAAAGAAGUGGGAGACUAUGGCCAGCUCCAUCAAACUGAAGUUCUUUUAAAAGUGCUGGAUAAAGUGCAUAGAAACUACUCUGAGUCCUUCUUUGAGGCAGCAAGUAUGAUGAGCCAGCUUUCUUACAAGCAUUUGGUGUUAAAUUAUGGAGUCUGCGUAUGUGGAGAAGAGAACAUCCUUGUACAAGAAUAUGUAAAAUUUGGAUCCCUGGAUACAUAUUUGAAAAAGAACAAAAACGUUAUCAACAUCUUGUGGAAACUGGAAGUAGCCAAACAGCUGGCCUUAGCCAUGCAUUUUCUGGAGGAUAAAGGCCUUGUUCAUGGGAAUGUCUGUGCAAAAAACAUCUUGCUUAUCAGAGAAGAAGACCGGAAGUCUGGAAACCUUCCGUUUAUAAAACUAAGUGAUCCUGGCAUCAGUAUUACAGUUUUGCCAAGAGAUAUUCUUCUUGAGAGAAUACCAUGGGUUCCACCUGAAUGUGUAGAUAAUCCCAAACAAUUAAGCCUGGCUACAGACAAAUGGAGUUUUGGUACCACAUUGUGGGAAAUUUGCAGUGGAGGAGACAAACCUCUGAGUGCACUGGAUUCUUCAAGAAAACUGCAGUUUUAUGAAGAUAGGCACCAGCUUCCUGCCCCCAACUGGACAGAACUUGCAAACCUUAUAAACAACUGUAUGGAUUACGAGCCAGAUUUCAGGCCUUCAUUUAGAGCAAUUAUACGUGACUUGAACAGUUUGUUCACUCCAGAUUAUGAGCUACUGACAGAAAGUGAUAUGUUGCCAAAUAUGAGAAUUGGAGCACUUGGAUUUUCUGGUGCAUUUGAAGAUCGGGACCCAACACAAUUUGAAGAAAGACAUCUGAAGUUUUUACAGCAACUUGGCAAGGGAAACUUUGGCAGUGUUGAGAUGUGCCGAUAUGACCCACUGCAGGAUAAUACUGGGGAGGUGGUGGCUGUGAAAAAGCUGCAACAUAGCACAGAAGAGCACCUUAGAGACUUUGAAAGAGAAAUUGAAAUACUUAAAUCUCUGCAGCAUGAUAACAUUGUUAAAUACAAAGGAGUAUGCUACAGCGCAGGUCGUAGGAAUCUACGAUUAAUUAUGGAGUAUUUACCACAUGGAAGUUUACGAGAUUAUUUGCAGAAACACAAGGAGAGGCUGGACCACAAGAAGCUCUUGCUAUAUGCAUCUCAGAUAUGUAAGGGCAUGGAGUAUCUGGGUACCAAAAGAUAUGUUCACCGGGACUUAGCAACGAGGAAUAUCUUAGUGGAGAACGAGAACAGAGUAAAAAUUGGAGAUUUUGGAUUGACGAAAGUCUUGCCACAAGACAAAGAGUACUACAAAGUAAAAGAACCUGGUGAAAGCCCUAUAUUUUGGUAUGCUCCUGAAUCUCUGACAGAAAGCAAAUUUUCAGUGGCCUCCGAUGUGUGGAGUUUUGGUGUGGUCUUGUAUGAGCUCUUCACAUACAUUGACAAGAGCAAAAGCCCACCAGCUGAGUUCAUGCGCAUGAUUGGCAACGAUAAACAAGGGCAGAUGAUUGUGUUUCACUUGAUAGAGCUUUUGAAGAAUAAUGGACGACUACCAAGACCAGAUGGAUGCCCUGAUGAGAUCUAUGCGAUCAUGAAAGAGUGCUGGAACAAUAAUGUUGGCCAGCGCCCUACCUUUAGGGAUCUUGCUCAGCGAGUGGAUCAUCUAAGGGAAAACAUGGGUGGAUGAGGAAACUCGCCCUUCUUCAGAGGAUCUGUUGGAAUCCAGAGCAAAAUGUACUUGGUCUGCUGUGUAUAGCUGGCAUAUGUACACACACACAUCUUACCUUUGCUGGAAGUAGCAUAUGUGUGGCAAAUAUGCUGUCUCAAUCUGCGUACUGAGGAAUCCUGCUGGUUUUCUUUAUCAGGAUGUAUUUGUUAUGAUGAGGACAUGUUGCAAUUCUCAGUAGGGAGAGAAAUUAUUUUUCUAAAUAAAAUAAUCUAAUAUAUGGUCAGUCUACAACACCAUUAUUUGCCUUACUUGGCAAUGCAAGAAAGGAGAUGACUUAGAACAAUGAAAAGACAGUGUAUUUCCCUGUCAAAAUGGUGAUGCCAUUCUAGAAGUGUUCUGACACUGCAUAUAUAGUGACCUGGCACCGUGUUUUGUGUGUUGCACAAGGGCUUGUGUGUGAUAAUACAGUUUUACAGUUUUUUUAUUGUUGAUGCAGAGAUGGCUUCUCUAUAUAACAAAACAGAAGAGGUUACUUAACCCAAAACUUUUACUGUGCCUGUCUGAAUCCGUUAUCGGCCAGCAGUAUAAGCAAGGAGAUAUAAGAGGCUGUGUGAUGCACUCUUAAGUAUUUUGAAGGAAAGGGAGUGAAUCAUUCUCAAUUUGGAGAGCCAGAAAACCUACUCAUUCAUGUGAAAAUUCUAGUCUAAAAUGGAAAAGCAAGCAUGUUACCCACUUCUUCUUAGCUCUUCCUCCAAGUAUUGGAUUCCCUUUAUGUAAUUAAAGAUACAGUGAUAACAAGCAGAAGUGAGCCUUUUUAUAGGAGGCAGUGUCUUCAGUUUGUUUCUGAACUUCAAAAAACUACUUGAGUGCUGCUUUUAAAUUCUUUCCAUCUAUGUAAAUUUCCUGCAGCCAGAAGCCUGUCUAUAAACUGAGAACUCUUUGAAGCAGAACUGAAAAUCUAAAAAAUGCCCUCCCUUUCACAGUUUGUCACUUUGCCAUUCAGAUGAUCACCUUAUACCUUCCUUCCAGUAUGUAGAAAAGAGUGCUUAUGGCCCAGGAUCUGAGACAGCCCACGACAACCACAUCGAGUCUAUCUUGUAAUAGAAGUGGCCCAAGUCACCUCCUGUUUCCUUCUGCAGUAAUGCCCAGCAUAUGAUUACUUGAAAGGAAGAAUGACAAGUGCAAUUGCUCCACACUCAGUGGGAGGCAAGAAGGCGACCCCAGUUACCGAGAACAGGAAGGAGGUCAGAGCUACCUGAGCAGACAACGUGCGCUGUGUAACUCGGCUUUCAAAUAAGCCUAACAAAAAAAAUCAUGGACAAGACAACUUUUCGGUUUUGCCUCCAGGCAUAAAACUUGGGGAUAAUUUUCAUAUGAAAGCAGUAAGUUUCAGGAUUUGUUUGUUUUUAGUCCAAAUAAUAUCUUCUGGUUGUUUUUACUUAAGCAUUAUUGUUUGUAAAGUACAGUACUUGUUCUUCUUGGACUUUCUCUGAGAGGAGUCCACUUAAGGGGAUAUGCAGUUUGACAAACUGACCUGACAUCCAGAUUUGUGUCUGAAAUUAAAUACUAACUUCUUUAUUGAUUUGUGGCAGUGAAUCAGUGAACAGAGCAGUUACUUUUGCUGUGGGACCUCCCUAAGAUUUGUGGUUAACCACAUCCAAAUUAACAAAAGUGGCCUCUUAAAACCUUUACUUCGUGUAACGUAGUGCCAGUAUCGCCAUGUUUUGUACCACUAUGACGUCUCCGUCCCACAAUCGCUCAUGUGAAAUUGCUAUGUUAGGACACAGGCGAUAGCUAAAUUAGGAGGUCAGCGUCAGCCCUCAUUUUGCCUGUUGUAUUUAAUAAUCAUUCUGUUGGCUUUCUUGCCACCAAGAACUUGCAUAAAUAAUUGCUUUCAGCUAAUUUCAUAAUCAGUUUCUAAGCUGCAAAGAACUCUGAAGUGCUUUGUUCAACUUACCGUUUGCUUUCUCCGUUUCUCUACAUUGCUUUGAAGAUUUCAAAUCUUGUGCAAAAAAAAGUCUCUGCAUUUGUAGUCUGAGUUGCGUGGAUGUGGGUUUUGUAGCAAAGGAAGAUAAAGCUUUAAAGCGUUGAAACAGCAUUUUAGCUGGAUAACAUGUGCAGGAAUGAUAUAAAAUUUGCAGCGUAUGACAGUAGCUAAUUGGUUUCUGGUAUGUAGUGGAUUAGAUGUAAUUUAUAUAAAAAUCUCAGGGAAGUUUGUGAAAUGCAAUGAAGAAAUCUUCCAGUCUGCUAUAUAUUUUUUUUUCAAGUGAAUAAAAUGUCUUUUUGUUGUUCUACUAAAGUAUGACUGAUUGCAUAGUCUGUUUGAUUGCAUAAAUAGCGUUGAGCACAAGGAUCGCUCUUAGGUGUCUCAUGGAUUUUUGUUGUUGUUGUUAAUACUGCAUAGGUUUUAGAGGGAGCCUUAUCUUGACACUGCAGUGUAAUUUUGUUCAUUUGGUCAGGAGCACACAGUCUUUUGUAACAAGUCUCUCUGUUUGUCCAGAGUGUUCUUAGCUGGGUGAAUAGGACCAAGUAAUGCUUAGGACCCUUGGGGGGAUGUCUGAUUGUCUGUAACAUCAAUGUGUAGGUUCUGGAGCAGACCAAAUGGUUUUCUUGAAAAGCUGUUGGGGAUGCAGAUGCAGUGAUUUUGCUGAGUUUGCUGCUGUCUAUUGUAGUAACCUUUUUUUAAAAAUAAAAACCAGAAAAACAAACAGAAACCCAACAGCCCCACAACAGAAAACCCUAAACAACUGCCCUUCAAAAGCUCUCAGCAGUGUUGUUUAAUGCUGUAUUUUUAUCUAGCUUUUGUAUUAGCAGACUCUGUUCUGUGUUAGAAACUCUUCAGUUGGCAUUGCAUUUUCUAACACUUUUCAGUGUAAUCAUUCUGCUACCAAAAAUACUGUGAUGAUUUUUCUCUCUUCUGUAGAAGAAGUGCUGGUUUAUGCAUACGUGACUGCUGCUGUGAUGUAGAACUGAAAUAUUAACUACUGCUUUGCACUUAAUAUUUGAUGUGAAAGAAUCUUUCUGUCAGUGCACAAUAUAUCUUGUAGAAGCUUUGCCAAUAAGUGUUGUCUACUAUGUAACUGAUUUGUUGUCUCUCCUUGCAACUACGUUAAGUUUCAGGAGUAGUUCUUUGAACAUACUCCACAGCCUUGCCAACAGUCACGUUAUAAGCUAGAGGAGGAAUGAAUUUUCAGGAAAAGAAACCAAUAUUCUUGUUGAGUCCAAGGAUUGAUUAAAGGCUUCCAUAGUUAAUUGUUACUGAGUGUACAGACUAAUAUAACUGUAAAGAUAUCUUUAAAUUAUUUUAAAUUUUCCAGAAAUUGUUUCUGAUUGUUGCAUUUGGUUGAGAUGUUGAACUGCUGCCUUGAAGUGUAUGGGGAAAAAAUGUUACUUCGUGGACUAUGAAGAAAUGUAAUUCCUGUGUGACGAAAGCAAGCCUUUUAGGAGUGUAUGAUCACAAAGACCUGGAGAUUCUUCACAGAGAGAGUGAUUUGCCAUUGGAAUGGGCUGCCCAGGGAGGUGGUGGAGUCAUCAUCCCUGGAGGUGUUCAAGAAAGGACUGGAUGAGGCACUUAGUGCCAUGGUCUAGUUGACUGGAUAGGGCUGGGGGAUAGGUUGGACUGGAUGAUCUUGAAGGUCUAUUCCAACCUGGUUGAUUCUGUGAUUCUAUACUGAAGAGAAUGAAAGCAGAAGCACAGAAGAGUAAGACUGACAAAGAAAAAAAAAGGCUGAUGCUCCACACAGAAGAAGCUUUCUGAAAUGUGAAAUGCAGAAUGAUCUAUGAAAAACCGAUGUCUACUGAAAAGGCCAUACCAUGAAAAAUAUGUGCUAAUAGACUUCUAAACUGUGUAUUGUCUGCCUUAAAUCUAAAAUACAGAGACCUAACUUGACUGAAAAAAUACAGCUAUUACUAUACCAAAAGAAACUCCUUAAGGUUGUGCCAUGCCAGGCAGCAAUUCUGAAAAGGCUCAGAAGUUUCUGAAUUUCGCUUUUCGAAUUAAGAGGUUUGCAGUACUUUAUAUUAAAGUAGAAAAGGUCUUUUUAGGGAAGGGUAGAGAAGAAGGCUCCAGCUACAUAUGGUUGGACUGCCAACACUUGAACACAGAGUUUACUGAAGAGAACAUGGAAGGGAUACUUUUUUAGAAAACUCUGUAUUGCUGUCUGAAAUUUAACUGUGUGUUUAUUUUGAGUUUGGAUAGCGAAAAUAAAAUAACUAAAUACACUGAAUGGCA